AUGGAGAAUUUUCCAAAGGAAACUGUUAUUGAGAGCAGUGGACCAAAGGUGUUGGAAACAGCUGAAGAGAUCCAGGCAAGGCGUCAGGAGGUGUUGGCUCGUUACCAGAGGUUCAAGGAGCUGGUUGCUGAAAGGGGUCAGAAGCUUGAAGAGUCCUAUCACUACCAGGUUUUCAGGCGGGAUGCAGAUGACCUGGAAAAAUGGAUCUUGGAGAAACUCAAGAUUGCAGAUGAUAAGAGCUAUGAAGACCCAACUAACAUACAGGGGAAAUACCAGAAACAUGAAUCCUUUGAAGCAGAGGUGCAAGCAAAAUCAAGGGUUCUUCCUGAACUGGAAGAAAUCAGGAAAGUCCGCUUUGCUGAGGGCCAUUUUGCCCAUGAAGAUACAAAGGCCCAUCUGGAGGAACUGCGCCGUCUGUGGGACCUGCUGCUAGAGCUGACCCAGGAGAAGGGCGCCCUCCUGCUGCGGGCCCUGAAGCUCCAGCAGUACUUACAGGAGUGUGCUGACAUCUUGGAGUGGAUUGGAGACAAGGAGGCGAUAGUGACAUCAGUGGAACUGGGUGAGGACUGGGAGCGCACAGAGGUUCUACAUAAGAAGUUUGAAGAAUUCCAAGUGGAUCUAGCAGCUCGGAAGGAGAGAGUAGAUGCAGUGAACCAGUAUGCUAAUGAGUGUGCUGAGGAGAACCAUCCUGAACUGCCUCUGAUUAAGUUAAAGCAAGAUGAGGUAAAUGCUGCCUGGGACCGUCUCCAUGGUCUGGCUCUCCAGCGACAGAAAACCCUAUCCAAUGCUGCAGACCUCCAGCGAUUUAAAAGGGAUGUGAGUGAAGCCAUCCAGUGGAUCAAGGAGAAGGAGCCUCUUCUCAUCUCUGCGGACUACGGAAAAGAUCUGGUUAGCUCUGAGGCAUUGUUUCAUAGUCACAAGGGACUUGAAAGGAAUCUUGCAGUCAUGGAAGACAAGGUGAAGGAGUUAUGUGCCAAAGCAGACAAGCUGAAGGUCUCUCAUCCUUCAGAUGCACCUCAGAUCCAGCAAAUGAAGGAGGAUCUAGUCUCCAACUGGGAGCACAUCCGCGCCUUGGCUACCAGCAGAUAUGCAAAGCUGCAGGCUUCUUAUUGGUACCAACGCUUUUUAUCUGACUAUGAUGAACUUUCUGGCUGGAUGAAGGAGAAGACUGCCCUGAUCAAUGCUGACGAGCUGCCUACAGACGUGGCUGGAGGGGAAGCCCUACUGGACAGGCAUCAACAGCAUAAGCAUGAGAUUAACUCUUAUGAUGACCGAUUUCAAUCUGCUGAUGAGACUGGUCAAGACCUUCUGGAUGCCAAUCAUGAAGCCUCUGAGGAAGUUCGGGAAAAGAUGGAAACACUUGCCAACAACUGGGCUGCCCUGCUGGGACUGUGGGACAAACGUCAGCAUCAAUAUGAGCAGUGCUUGGAUUUGCACCUGUUCUACCGAGACAGUGAACAAGUAGACAGUUGGAUGAGCAGGCAAGAGGCCUUCUUGGAUAAUGAGGACCUGGGAAACUCCUUGGGAAGUGUAGAAGCCCUUCUUCAGAAGCAUGAUGACUUUGAGGAAGCUUUUACUGCCCAGGAAGAAAAGAUCACAACUUUAGAUGAGACAGCUACCAAAUUGAUUGACAAUGACCAUUAUGAUUCAGAGAAAAUUGCUGCUAUACGGGACGGGUUGUUGGCCCGGCGAGAUGCCCUACGUGAAAGGGCUGCCACUCGGCGCAGAUUGCUUGAGGAUUCUUUGCUUCUGCAACAACUGUAUCAGGACUCAGAUGACCUAAAGACCUGGAUCAAUAAAAAGAAAAAGUUGGCAGAUGAUGAAGAUUAUAAGGAUACACAGAAUUUGAAGAGCCGAGUACAAAAGCAGCAGGUCUUUGAAGAGGAAUUGGCAGCUAAUGAGAUUCUAUUGAAUAACCUAGAGAAAACUGGCCAGCAGAUGAUUGACAGUGAUCACUAUGCCUCUGACAAUGUGGCUGCCCGUGUGAGGGAAGUUGUCAGCCUCUGGAAGAAAUUGUUGGAGGCAACAGCACAGAAAGGGACCCAGUUGCAUGAAGCUAACCAGCAGCUGCAGUUUGAAAAUAAUGCAGAAGACCUAAAGCGUUGGCUGGAGGAGGCAGAAUUGCAGGCUGCCUCUGAGGAUUAUGGAAAAGGCCUGGCAGAUGUCCAGAAUCUACUCAGGAAACAUGGCCUCCUGGAGUCAGCUGUGGCUGCUCAUCAGGAUCAAGUGGACACCCUCACAGACCUGGCUGCAUAUUUUGAAGAAACAGGUCAUCCUGAUGCUGGGGACAUCCGGGCAAGGCAGGAAUCCUUAGUGUCCCGGUAUGAAGCCAUGAAAGAGCCACUGGCCACCCGGAAAAAGAAACUCAUCGACCUCCUUCGCUUACACCAGAUCUGCAGAGAUACUGAGGAUGAAGAGGCCUGGAUCCAAGAGACAGAACCCUCAGCAGCUUCCACCUACCUUGGUAAGGACCUGGUUUCCUCCAAGAAUCUCCUAAAUAGGCAUCAAGUUAUCCUGGCUGACAUUGCCGCACAUGAACCCCACAUUCAAGUGAUAACAGACAGGGGAAACAAAAUGGUAGAGGAAGGACACUUUGCUGCAGAAGAUGUGGCAUCCAGAGUGAAGAGUUUGAAUGAGAAUAUGAAGUCUCUACAGACUCGAGCUGCUAGGCGGAAGAAUGACCUAGAGGCCAAUGUCCAGUUUCAGCAAUACCUGGCUGACCUGCAUGAAGCAGAAGCAUGGAUUAGAGAGAAGGAGCCUGUUGUUAAUAAUACUAACUAUGGGGCUGAUGAAGAAGCAGCUGGGGCUCUUCUAAAGAAGCAUGAGGCCUUCCUAGUGGAUCUCAAUGCAUUUGGAAACAGUAUGCAAGCUCUACGGGAUCAGGCAGAGGCCUGCCAGCAACAACAGGCUGCACCAGUGGAAGGAAUUGGUCGAGAAGAAAGGGUUUUGGCUUUAUAUGACUUCCAGGCCCGCAGUCCCCGAGAAGUCACCAUGAAGAAAGAUGAUGUCUUAACUUUGCUUAGUUCUAUCAACCAGGAUUGGUGGAAGGUGGAAGCUGAUGACCACCAGGGCUUUGUUCCAGCUGUCUAUGUCAGGAAACUGGCCCACGAUGAGUUCCCGACGCUUCCACGGCGGCAGCGAGAAGAGCCAGGCAACAUUACCCAGCGCCAGGAGCAGAUUGAGGACCAGUACCGCUCCCUCCUUGAUCUGGCAGAAGAGCGCAGACGUCGUCUAUUGCAACGUUACAAUGAAUUUUUGUUGGCCUAUGAGGCAGGAGACAUGCUGGACUGGAUCCGAGACAAGAAGGCAGAAAACACUGGGGUGGAACUAGAUGAUGUUUGGGAGUUGCAGAAAAAAUUUGAUGAGUUCCAAACGGAUUUGAAGACUAAUGAGCCUCGGCUGAGGGAUAUCAAUAAGGUGGCUGAUGAUCUGCUAUUUGAGGAUCUUCUAACACCAGAAGGAGCUCAAAUCCGACAGGAGUUGAAUACUCGCUGGGGCUCCCUGCAGAGGCUGGCAGAGGAACAGCGCCAGCUACUGGGCAGUGCCCAUGCUGUCCAGAUGUUUCACAGAGAUGCAGAUGACACAAAGGAGCAGAUUGAGAAGAAGUGCCAGGCCCUCUGUGCUGCUGACCCUGGCUCAGAUCUGUUCAGUGUUCAAGCCCUUCAGCGACAGCAUGAGGGCUUUGAGCGAGACCUCAUGCCCUUGGGGGAAAAGGUCACCAUCUUGGGAGAAACAGCAGAGCGGCUCAGUGAGUCCCAUCCAGAUGCCACCGAGGACCUGCAAAGGCAGCGAAGAGAGCUGAAUGAAGCCUGGGAUGAGCUGCUGGGACAAACAGAGGAUCGUAAGGAGAACUUAAAUGAGUCCCAGAAAUUCUACCUGUUCCUCAGCAAGGCCAGGGAUCUACAGAAUUGGAUCAAUGGCAUUCGUGCCAUGGUAUCAUCACAGGAGCUGGCUGAGGACUUAACUGGCACAGAGAUCUUGCUGGAACGACACCAGGAGCAGCAUGGUGACAUGGAGGCUGAGGCUCCCACCUUCCAGGCCUUAGAGGACUUCGGUGCAGAACUUAUGGGCAGUGGGCACCGUGACAGCCUUGAAAUUGAAAAAAAGAUUCAAGAUAUCAGACUACAGAGAGAUGAUUUGGAGAAAGCUUGGGAACAACGCAAGAAGAUGCUGGACCAAUGCCUGGAGUUGCAGUUUUUCCAAGGGAACUGUGAUCAGGCUGAGAGCUGGAUGGUAGCACGUGAGACUUUCCUGAGGUCAGAAGACAAGGGCUCCUUAGACAGCCUGGAGGCCUUGAUGAAGAAACGUGAAGACUUGGACAAAGCAAUCACUGCCCAGGGAGGAAAGAUCACCGACCUAAAACUUUUUGCUGAGCGCCUCAUAGCUGAUGACCACUACGCCAAGGAAGCAAUUGCUGCUCGGCUCCAACGGGUGCUAGACAGGUGGAAUGCUCUCAAAGCUCAGCUAAUUGCUGAGAGAACGAAGCUUGGAGACUAUGCUGACCUGAAACAAUUUAACCGUGAUCUUGAGGAACUGGAAGAGUGGAUCAGUGAGAUGCUACCCACAGCUUGUGAUGAAUCCUACAAAGACCCUACCAACAUUCAGAGGAAAUACCUGAAGCAUCAGACCUUUGAAAAUGAGGUCUAUGGUCGAGCUGAGCAAGUAGAAGGAGUCAUCAAUCUGGGGAACUCCCUGAUUGAGAGGAAGGCAUGUGAUGGCAAUGAAGAGAUCAUGAAGGGGCAACUGGAAGAAUUGGAGAAACACUGGGACUACCUGCUUGAGAGAACAUUUGACAAAAGACAGAAGCUCGCUGAGGCCAGUCGCCAGCAGAGGUUCAACACAGGAAUCCGGGAUUUUGAAUUCUGGCUCUCAGAGGCAGAGACACUGCUGGCUAUGAAAGAUCAAGCCAGGGACUUGGCUUCCGCAGGCAACCUGCUCAAGAAGCAUCAGCUAUUGGAAACAGAAAUGUUGGCCCGAGAGGAUUCACUCGAGGACCUGAAUGAAUUGGCUGCUGAUCUGCUCUCCAGUGGGACUUUCAAUGUGGACCAGAUCGUGGAGAAAAGGGAUAAUGUCAAUGAGCGCUUCCUGAAUGUCCAGAACUUGGCUGCUGCACACCAUGAAAAACUGAAAGAGACCUAUGCCUUGUUCCAGUUCUUCCAGGACCUAGAUGACGAGGAAUCCUGGAUAGAGGAGAAAUUGGUACGAGUGAGCUCUCAAGACUACGGAAGAGAUCUGCAAGGCACUCAGAACUUACUGAAGAAACACAAACGCCUAGAGGGAGAGCUGGUGGCACAUGAGCCUGCUAUCCAGAAUGUGCUGGAUAUGGCAGAGAGGCUAGGAGACAAGGCUGCUGUGGGACAAGAGGAGAUCCAGGAGCGGCUGGCUCAGUUUGUUCAACACUGGGAGAAACUGAAACAGUUGGCCAAGGCUCGGGGGCUUCGGUUGGAAGAGUCCCUACAAUAUUUGCAAUUCAUGGAGAAUGCUGAAGAAGAGGAAGCUUGGAUCAGUGAAAAGGAAGCUAUGGUUUCCCGAGGGGAUUCUGGAGACACAUUGGCUGCUACUCAGAGUUUGCUAAAGAAAUAUGAAGCUUUGGAUAAUGACUUUGCUGUCCAUGAGACCCGAGUGCAAAAUGUGUGUGCUCAAGGAGAAGACAUCCUGAGUAAGGUGAGCCAAUUCAGGGAGGAAAGUGAGAACAAGGAGAAGAUUUCUGCUAAGAUAGCAGCUCUGAAUGAAAAGACUCCAAUUCUGGCCAAGGCAAUAGCUGCUUGGAAGUUGCAAUUGGAGGAUGAUUAUGCCUUUCAGCAGUUUAACUGGAAGGUGGAUGUGGUAGAGGCCUGGAUAGCUGAAAAGGAAACAAGCCUGAAGACCAAUGGCAAUGGUACAGACCUCGCUGCAUUCCUCACUCUCUUGGCAAAGCAGGACACUCUGGAUGCCAGUCUGCAGAGCUUCCAGCAUGAGAGGCUGUCCGAGAUCACUGACCUGAAGGACCAACUGGUAGCAGCACAGCACAGCCAGACCAAAGCCAUUGAGGAGCGCCAUGCUGCCCUGCUGAGGCGCUGGGAACAGCUGCUGGAAGCAUCUGCAGCCCAUAGACAGAAACUGCUAGAGAAGCAGUUACCUCUGCAGAAGGCUGAAGAGCUAUUCAUGGAAUUUGCACACAAGGCUUCAGCUUUCAACAACUGGUGUGAGAAUGCUGAGGAGGACCUGUCAGAGUCAGUGCACUGUAUCUCCCUGAAUGAGAUUCGACAGCUGCAGAAGGACCAUGAGGCUUUCUUGGCCUCCUUGGUAGAGGCUCAAGCUGACUUCAAUCAUCUGCUGGAGCUAGACAAGCAGAUUAAGGCCUUAAAUAUGCCCUCUAGCCCUUAUACCUGGUUAACAGUGGAGGUGCUAGAAAAGAUCUGGAAGCAGUUACAUGACAUUAUCAAGGAACGGGAACAGAAGCUGCAAAAGGAGGAAGCAAGACAGGUCAAGAACUUUGAGAUGUGCCAGGAGUUUGAACAAAAUGCCAGUGCCUUCCUGCAAUGGAUCUUGGAGACCAGGGCAUACUUUCUGGAUGGAUCUUUGCUCAAAGAAACAGGAACUCUGGAAUCCCAACUGGAAGCAAAUAAAAGGAAGCAGAAGGAGAUCCAGGCCAUGAAACGUCAACUGACCAAGAUUGAGGACCUGGGGGACAACUUGGAGGACGCAUUGAUCCUUGACAUAAAAUAUAGCACAAUUGGACUGGCCCAGCAGUGGGACCAGCUCUACCAGCUUGGGAUGAGAAUGCAACACAAUCUGGAAAAACAGAUCCAAGCCAAGGACACAAUAGGUGUGAGUGAGGAGACUCUAAAAGAGUUUAGCACAACCUAUAAACACUUUGAUACAAAUUUGACAGGACGCUUGACUCACAAGGAGUUCCGGUCCUGUCUAAGAGGACUCAAUUACUAUUUGCCUAUGGUGGAAGAGGAUGAACCUGAGCCCAAGUUUGAGAAGUUUCUGGAUGCUGUCGAUCCAGGGAGGAAGGGCUACGUCUCAUUGGAGGAAUACACUUCAUUCCUGAUUGACAAGGAGUCAGAGAACAUCAAGUCCAGUGAUGAAAUAGAGAAUGGCUUUCAUGCCCUGGCAGAGGGCAAGCCUUUUAUUACCAAAGAAGAUAUGAAGCAGGCCUUAACUCCGGAACAAGUGUCAUACUGUACCUCACAUAUGCAACAAUAUAUGGACCCACGGGGUCGAAGCCACCAUGCAGGCUAUGACUACGUUGGCUUCACCAAUUCUCACUUUGGCAACUGAUAAACAGCUCCUCAUGAAUCAUAGAA